UCGCUCGAUCGAUCGGAGGAUGUAUAAACACCCAUAUAUAGUAAUCCUAUACGCAGCGUAACGCAUAACACCUAACUAAGCUAGGCUACUAAGCCAAAGCACAACAAGGGAGCAGGAGAGGGAGAUAUACCUCGCUGCUUGGUCUCGAUCUUCCAUGGAUGAGCAAGGGGAGAGGGGGCUCCAGCUGCUGCUCCCCGCAGCCGCUGCUCGGGUGCUCCGGGAAGCGCCGGCCAGCGCCGCCACCGACCACCAGCAGCUGGACCUGGACCUGUCCAUGAGCAUUGGGCCGAGGCAGCAGCAGCUGCAGCUGCAGCUGCCACGGCCGGCGCCGCCGACUCCACCGGCGAACGAGAGCAGGAGAGCAGCGGCGACUGUGGCCGCCAGCGCUGCGACGGCGAGGCACGUGCAGCAGCAGCAGCAGCAGGUGACGGUGGACGUCCGCGCCGUGAAGCAGCAGACGGCGGAGCAGGCCCGGAUGGCAUCGGCGGAGCGCGCCUACGCGGAGCGCGUCCGGGAGCUGGCGAAGCGGGAGCUGGAGCUCGCCGAGAGAGAGUUCGCGCGCGCCAGGAUGAUCUGGGAGCGCGCCCGCGAGGAGGUGGAGCGGGUGGAGCGGAUGAAGCAGAUCGCCGCCAGGCGGCUCGGCUCCGCCGCGCUCGAGAUCACCUGCCACGCCUGCAUGCAGCGCUUCCAUCCUUAAUUAGGUCGGCCGGCCAACUGCACCGACGACAUGGUCGAUCGGAGAUCGAUGCUUCCUGCUCGCCAUUGCUAGAUGUAACUCUCUCUAUCUCUCGUAGCUCCUGUCUUGUGAGUGCCAGUCACGUUGCCCCUGUUUGAGACGAUAAUCAUCUGGUUGAUGCAUGCAUCAAGGAAGCGGUUAUUCCUCUUUACUCUAUACAUCGGGUGUACAUGCUUAAUUAGUUUUUUAUUAUGGAAUGUGGGCGCAUGCUUAAUUGCAGCAGACUGCCUUAAAGAAACAAGGGAGUAAACAACUCACCAGUUGAGAAACCAAACUAAUUGUAUAUAGUGCCAAGAAAAAGCAGAUUAACUGAAUUAAAGAGUAUAUUUUCUCUCUUUGCUAGAGAGAGGUUGGACGGAUCCCUCUGUACUGUGGAGCUAGUGCGGUGACAGCAGUACGUCUGACAAAAAAUUAA